AUGGUUGGAAUCAAAUCAAAUCAAAAUGAGUGUGUCAGGAUUGUGAUGGUGGGGAAGACUGGAGCUGGGAAGAGCGCCACAGGAAACACCAUUCUGGGACGAAAGUGCUUUAAAUCAGAAUUUGCUGCUGAAUCUUUGACCAAAUUCUGUAAAAAGGCUUAUGGUGAGGUGGAUGGACAACAGAUUGCUGUUAUCGACACUCCGGGCCUGUUUGACACCAAUGACACUGAAGAGAAAACAGCUGAUGAUAUUGCUCAGAGCAUUUCUUAUGCUUCACCUGGACCUCAUAUCUUCCUCGUUGUCAUCAAACUGGGCAGAUUCACAGAUGAAGAAAAACAGACAGUGGAUAAGAUUCAGGAAAUCUUUGGUGAGGAAGCCAACAAAUACAGCAUGGUUCUCUUUACCUAUGGUGACCAACUCAAAGGGAAAACUAUUGAGGAGUUCUUGAAGUACAGCAAAGAUCUGAGGGAACUUGUGGCCAAAUGUAACGGCUGGUACCACGUGUUCAAUAAUGAGAUGCAGGAUCAUUCUCAGGUCAGCGAGCUGCUCUAUAAGAUAAGAAAUAUAAAUGUGCUGAAUGGAGGAAGCUACUACACCACCGAAAUGUUCCAAAAGGCAGAGAGAGCGAUAGAAGAGGAGAAAAAACGAAUCCUGAAAGAGAAAGAAGAGCAAAGACGCAGAGAGCAGGAGAAACUGAGGAAGGAAGCAGUGGAAAGGUAUCAACAACAGCUGAGAAGAGAAGAGAGGAGACAACGAAUCCUGAGAGAGAAAGAAGAAGAAAUACGCAAAGAGCAGGAGAAACUGAUGAUGGAAGCAGAGGAAAGAUGUUGA